AUGGCGCCUUUGAACGUCACCACCGAAUCUUCCAUUCUCAUUAUUGGGGCAGGCACAUGGGGCUGCUCAACUGCUCUACAUCUCGCUCGUCGAGGCUACAAAAGUGUCACCGUUCUCGAUCCUCAUCCAGUUCCUUCGCCCAUCGCGGCAGGCAAUGACAUCAAUAAGAUUAUGGAGCACAAUGAGCUCAAGGAUGGCUCAUCCGACCCCCGAAGCGCAGCCUUUUCGACAUUUACGCGGGCUGCUCUAAAAGCCUGGAAAACUGACCCGGUUUUCCAGCCUUACUUUCACGAAACUGGCUUCAUUGUAUCGGGUCACACACCUGCUCUGAUUGACCACAUACGAAAGGACGAGGUUGAACCGUCAGAAACAAGCUUCGUCAAGCUGGAGACAGCCGAGGACUUCCGCCGGACCAUGCCGCCAGGCGUACUGACAGGCAACUUCCCUGGCUGGAAGGGCUGGUGGCACAAGACUGGAGCUGGGUGGAUUCACGCCAAAAAGGCCAUGAUCUCUGCUUUCAAUGAGGCUAAGCGCUUGGGAGUUAAAUUCAUCACUAGCUCUCCGGAAGGGAAUGUCGUAUCAUUAGUAUACGAGGAUGGCGAUGUAGUUGGAGCCAGAACCGCCGAUGGUCGCGUACACAGAGCCCAUCACACCAUUCUUUCGGCAGGUGCUGGCAGUGACAGCCUGCUAGACUUCAAGAAGCAGCUUCGGCCUACCGCGUGGACUCUCUGUCAUAUUCAGAUGGAUCCAGAGGAGGUCAAGCGAUACCGGAACCUUCCUGUGCUGUUCAAUAUCGCCAAAGGCUUCUUCAUGGAGCCUGAUGAAGAUAAACACGAGCUCAAGAUCUGUGACGAACAUCCGGGCUACUGCAACUUUCUCUCUGAUCCAGACAAACCGGGCCAGGAGAAGAGUGUCCCCUUCGCAAAGCAUCAGAUUCCACUUGCGGCCGAAGCGCGCGCACGAGACUUUCUCCGGGAUACGAUGCCGCAUCUGGCUGACCGGCCACUGUCCUUCGCGCGCAUUUGCUGGGACGCUGAUACCCCAGACCGUGCUUUCUUGAUCGAUAGACAUCCAGAACACCCCUCACUGCUAGUCGCUGUUGGAGGUUCCGGCAACGGCGCCAUGCAAAUGCCUACAAUUGGCGGCUUCAUCGCUGAUGCUCUAGAGAGUAAGCUACAGAAGGAGGUGAAGUACGUCGUUCGAUGGAGGCCGGACACAGCUGUCGAUCGAGACUGGAGAGCGACUCAGAAUCGCUUCGGUGGGCCUGACAGAAUCAUGGAUUUUCAGAAAGUUGGAGAAGAUCAAUGGACCAAGAUUGGAGAGAGCAGCGCCCGGUUAUAG